CCUUUGCCCUACCAGAACCAGCUCCAUGAGAUGCAGGUGAGACAGAAACAGCUGGACCAGGUGAGCGGCCUGUCCAGCCAGCUACAGAGUUCUAUCGACAGCCCCAGCGACAGGCAAGCCCUGAAGGACCGCACGGAGAAGUUGCAGUCUGACUGGAUGGUGACCGGUGAGCAUCUGACACAGCGCAAGUCCGUGUUGGAGGGAAUGCUGGAGAGUUCCAGAACGUUUGUCCAGUCCUACGCCGGGCUGGAACAGUGGCUGUCCGCGGCCGAGGGCGAGCUGGAUCAAGUGCAGACGCAGCAGGACAAAGACAUGUUGGCAGCUAGUCAUGUGAAGCUCCAGAAGGAACUGUCGGAGCACCAAGCUGUGGUGGACUCGCUGAAGACACAAGGGACACAACUGUUGGACAACUACUCUGAGGAGGACACCUGGCAGCUGCGGCGACAGCUGGAGAGACUGACCAACCGCUGGUCCACUCUGUCCAACAGGUACGUUACUGAGCAGUGGGGGGCUCUCGUGGCCUAG